CUCCCAGCUCAAACAUGUGCGUCCAGGAGCUGCACGCAGAGGGGAGCUUUUAGUUGGGUUUAACUGGACAUUAGUGGAAGCAGUAGAAGGAAAACUUGACCCACCGAGAGAAAUGAGUGAACCUGAACGCUACCCUCCGCCGGACUUCAGCUUCAUGCAGCCCCAGCAGCAGCAGCAGCAGCCCCGCUCCAGCAGCUUCCAUCCCAGCAUGUGGACCUGGGGAGAGACGCCCUCUGAGCCCAGCUGGAGCUACAACCAAGGCGGCUAUCAUCAGCCUGCUCCAUAUGGACCUAAACCUACAUUCAAUCAACAUUAUGCUGGUGAGUGGUAUCAAGCUGGAUAUCAGAACCACAGACCUCCCUACCAGCACAACAAAAAGCAAAGGAACAGCAAAGAGCCGGAGUUUUCCCAUUACUGUGACACCUGUGACCGGGGCUUUAAGAACAAACCAAAGUACGAUGAGCAUGUUUCUCAACAUGUCAAGUGUUCUGUACCUGACUGCAGCUUCAUGGCUCAUGAAAAGCUGGUCGCUAUCCACUGGAAAAAUAACCAUGCUCCGGGGGCCAAAAGAAUCAAGCUGGACACACCAGAGGAGAUUGCUAAGUGGAGAGAGGAGAGGCGCAGAAACUAUCCCACGCUUCAAAACAUCGAGAAGAAGAAAAAGGUGAUGGAGGUGCGGGAGCAGACGGGAGGAGUCCUGGAAACGGCUCAGUUUGGGCGGAUGAGGGGCAGAGGGAGAGGCAGAGGUAGAGGUAGAGGAUGGGGUAACAGAGGGUCCAGAGGGCAGCACCAUCAGGCGCCACCCCCAAUAAAUGGCACUGCUGCAGAGGCCCCUAAACCAGUCAACCAUCUCUCCAAUGGAGGAGAUCCACUAGGAGUUCUGGCCAGUACUGACCACAGUUCUGAUAAAGAGGAGCCGGAUCCAGAACGGAGCACAGGUGGUGUGGUUGUUCCCCCCAAACAUAUGAGCUCAGCCCUCGGGUCCUUAAUGGCUAACUAUGGUUCUUCCAGUGAUAGCGACGAGGAACCAGAUGCUGCUCCUAUUCUGAGAGCCAAGGAGGUGCUGCAAGAAAACCAGGCCAUCCUAAACGAGGAGAGACAACCUUCUGGGCAUGGUGGAGUCCCUGAACAUGCGGAAAAUUCCAGCGAGACUCAAACACUUCCUCAGCCGGUGUCUGGUCCUAACAUCUGGAACGAAAGAAGAAAAAGAGGAGGAGGGAGAGGAGGCAGGGGGCGAAGAGGUCCAGAUGUGCCUCAGCCUCGGCGUGCAACCUUACUAGAAAUGUUAUUGGCCCCAGAUAUCCGCCAUGAGAGGAACGUUCUCCUGCAGUGUGUACGAUACGUUGUCCGCAACAACUUCUUCGGGCUGGAAAACGGACAUCAGGACCCGGAGGAGAUGAAGCACAGAAACUUACCGGCUUCUUCAACCACUGAGAAAGAGCAGAGUGCAACAGAAGUACCUGCAUCUAAGUCGGACUCUCUGGUUUCUGACGAGAGGCCUGAAGAGAGUCUGCCUGUCAGGGAGGACGGAGGUGAUGGAGAUUUAAAGAGUGAAUCUGUUGAAGGAACCGAAGAAGGUUCUGCAGAUUCUGUCCAAAGCGUUGAGGAGACGGACGGCGCUCCCAGCACAGAUCUCAACGGCACAAUAACAGAGACAUCUAAAGCUAAUAUGUAUGAUGAUGAGAUAUGGGAAACAGACGAGGCUGUUGCCGGAAAUACUUAGUUUAUUUUUAUUUUUUAAUUUGAUUAAACUGUAUAAUUAUUUUCCUUGUAAAGUAAAUCAUUUAAUUUUGCUCCUUUUUUGCUGUAGGUUGAUAAUUUUGCUAUAAAAUAAAUGAUUAGUCUACAACA